UUAUUUUUAUGUCAUUUUCUAUUUUUUUAAGAAUGUGGUCAUGGAUGCUACCAAUUCUGCUAUGGGGGAUCCUCUGAUCUUAAAUGGUUUGAUUGAUAUGUUAAAAAAUGGACAAGGGCAACAAAUUACUAUGAUGGUGCAUGAGGCAAUCUCAAAAGUAACUCCAUCGAGCAUGAAUCUUGUUGGCAUGAAGGAUCUAGCUGUGCCCUCCACUACAUCUACUGUUGUGCCAAACGAUAUUUCAAGGAUUACUCCAACAAACACUAAUGUUCUUGAUGUGGGUUCAGUCAGAAUUCUCCCACCAACAACCGAACAAGUUUCCUUGAGGAGUCUCAUAGAUUCACAGUCAAGAGUACUAAGGCUCCUACCAGAUACUCCUGAAAAUGUUCCAACCAAACAAGAAAUACUUGUACAAAUUCAGUUAUGGGAAAGGGCAUUGUUGGAGAGUGCAGGGCCUACCUCAGAUGAACAGGUUCACCAAUUUCAAAAGGAAGCUUCAGAGGAUGACCUAAAAUAUUCUUUAUUACAUGGUUCCCAAGGCCUAGGACAACAUUUGGUAGAUCGAGGGGAGAUUUUAGUGAGUGGUCAUGAAUUUGAGGAAGCUCAACAAUUAAACUGA